GUCACACUUCGCGUUGCAUUCUGGGAAACGCAGGAAGUGCGAUGUAGAUGUCACCAGGCAGCGGCGGCGGGGAGAAACCACACCAGACUCCUUCCCAUAUGUGUUACUGGUCGGACGGCAUUCCUUAAUCCACGCCGGGAUACGUCUGCCAUGUGAACCGAGCAGGAGGAAGCCACUUCUUCAGCCACCCGGACAGGACACCGACCGCAGCAACGAUGGCGGGCGAAAAUGCGAGUGUGGUGUUCAAGCUGUACUGCCUGACGGUGAUGACCCUGGUGGCAGCUGCAUACACGGUGGCACUGCGAUACACAAGGACCAUCUCAUCAGGAGACCUGUACUUCUCCACCACUGCAGUGUGCAUCACCGAGGUCAUUAAGCUCAUACUGAGCCUGGGGAUGCUGUCAAAAGAAACAGGAAGUCCCUCCAGACUGAAGAACACCUUGGUGGAACAUGUGUUUUGCAGCCCCAAAGAACUGCUGAAGCUGAGCGUGCCGUCUGUAGUGUACGCAGUUCAGAAUAACAUGGCCUUUCUUGCCUUGAGUAACCUCGAUGCAGCAGUUUAUCAGGUGACCUAUCAGCUGAAGAUCCCAUGCACGGCCUUGUGUACAGUCCUCAUGCUGAACCGCUCUCUCAGCCGGCUGCAGUGGUUCUCUGUCUUCAUGCUCUGCGGGGGCGUGACACUCGUCCAGUGGAAGCCCGCAGAGGCCACUAAAGUUCAGCGAUCUCAUUUGCCUCUGGAGCCUUCCUGGUGUGCAUUUCCAUCUACCUAUACGGACUUCCAAAGCAAGACACAUCCAAACUGAGCCGGCAAGACACAGACAACGAAUCCAAACAGAAACUGAUCACUGUGUGAAUCACGGACCUGCAGCAGAGGAGUCUCCCUCGCUGGUGGACCAGGUCUGUGUAGGGGUCUAACUUUUUCUAAGGGCCUAAAAGAGCUCCUACACUGGGAGAGGGAUUAGGGAGCCACAUGAACGCUCAGUUGAGUUGACUCACAUAGAGCUUUUGUUUCACUUUAAUGUUAAAUCCAGCCCUCCUCCACUCACAUGGGACUGGUGACAGGACUAUGAAUUUACAGAUUUGUAAAAAAACAAAACAAAUCUUAAUGUUUUUGACGGCAGAUUUGAGCAGUUUUUCAUUUAUUUUGAACACUUUUUUUUUAAACCGGCUCUUGCAGGUUGCUGCUCUUGAAGUUUGUAGAUAAUCUGAAGCAAUCAGUGAAGUCAUUCAUCUUCAGCAAUGCUGGAGCGAUAAGUAGUAACAGGACUUUACUUUUAUUUUGAUGCCUCCAUAAACGUCAUAUAAAUCUCACUUCUCCUCAUCGUGGAGUUUUUCUUUUCAGUCUGUUUUACACUGUGCAGUUAGUGUCUUAUGUCCGUACCACAUAGCUCUGAUUUUGAAUGUGCCCAACCCACACAGGAAAACAUACUUGAAAGAAGGAUGAUGGCAGAUUGCAUGUAGAAUCUCAUGUUUAUAAUUUUAAUCUCUCCAGUGUCUUGUGACUCUUUUUGUAUCACAUCUGUCGCCUUCUGUUUUGUAGCCUUUAUUAAAACUGAAUGGAAGUGUGAUAAAAGCGAGUUACGACUCACCAACGUA